AGGCCUGUUGUAAAUUUUAGCGGUCUGGCUGACCGGUCACGCUGGUUUUGAAACAAGAAGGAUUUGCAGAUUAUUCUACCAAUAAAUACGCGCAAAAUGAAGCUCAGCGUGGACGGCCUGCUGGUGUACUUCCCUUACGAGUACAUCUACCCGGAGCAAUAUGCGUACAUGCUGGAACUGAAGCGCAGCCUGGACGCCAAGGGCCACUGCCUGCUGGAGAUGCCCUCGGGAACGGGCAAGACCGCCACCCUGCUGUCCCUGAUCGUAGCCUAUAUGGUGGAAUACCCGGAGACAGUGCGGAAGCUGAUCUAUUGCUCUCGCACCGUGCCGGAGAUUGAGAAGGUCAUCGCCGAACUGCAAAACUUGAUGGCCUACUACGAGCGCCACUGUCCAAUUCCGCCGCCCUUUACUGGCCUGGUCCUCAGCUCUCGGAAGAAUAUGUGUAUCCAUCCGGAGGUCAGCAAGGAGCGCGAGGGCAAGGCGGUGGAUGGGAAGUGUUACGGACUUACCGCCAGCUACAUUCGCGACCGGCACGAGAUGGAUACGGAAACGCCCAUUUGCCAGUACUUUGAGGGAUUUAGCCUGGAGGGCAAGGAGUCCACCCUGCCGGUGGGCGUCUACAGCAUCGAUGAUCUCAAGGAAUAUGGACGCUCCCGCAACUGGUGUCCCUACUUUUUAGCCCGCUAUGCAAUUGCACAUGCUCACAUUGUGGUAUACAGUUAUCACUAUCUGCUAGAUCCAAAGAUCGCCCAGGUGGUAUCCAAGGAGAUGAGUCGCGAGUCCUGCGUGGUUUUUGAUGAGGCGCACAAUAUCGACAAUGUUUGCAUCGAUUCGAUGAGUGUGAAGAUCAACAGACGCACCGUGGAGCGCAGCACAAACGCUUUGAAUCAACUGACAAAAAUGGUUCAGGACAUUCGCGAAGAGGAUACGAAUCGUCUGAACGAAGAGUAUCAGCGCAUGGUUCAGGGCUUGAAGGAUGCCAGUGUUCAGCGGGAUACGGACAUGAUCCUGGCCAAUCCGGUCCUGCCUAACGAUGUCCUGACUGAGGUGGUUCCCGGAAACAUACGCAACGCCGACCACUUCCUCAGCUUUUUGCGUCGCUUCAUUGAAUAUAUUAAAACCAGACUGCGCGUCCAUCAUGUUGUUCAGGAGUCGCCGGCCGGUUUCCUCAAGGAUAUAUCAUCCAAAAUUUGUAUUGAGCGCAAACCCCUGCGCUUCUGUGCUGAGCGCUUGUCAAGUCUGUUGCGCACACUCGAAAUCAGUGACAUGACCGAGUUCGGAGCUCUGACUCUGAUCACACACUUUGCCACCCUGGUGUCCACUUACACGAAAGGCUUCACCAUUAUUAUAGAGCCUUUCGACGACAAAACGCCUACUGUAUCGAAUCCCAUUUUGCACUUCAGUUGCUUGGACUCCUCUAUCGCCAUGGCUCCAGUGUUUUCGCGAUUUCAAACUGUCGUCAUCACCUCAGGGACAUUGUCGCCCAUGGACAUGUACCCAAAAAUACUCGACUUUGAUCCCGUGGUCAUGAGCAGCUUUACCAUGACACUGGCCCGUCCAUGUCUUCUUCCGAUGAUAGUGUCCAAAGGCAACGACCAAGUCACCAUUUCGUCCAAGUUUGAGACACGCGAGGACACCGCAGUGAUCCGAAACUAUGGCCAGCUUCUGGUGGAGGUUGCAAAGACAGUACCUGAUGGCAUUGUUUGUUUCUUCACAUCUUAUUUGUACUUGGAGUCAGUGGUGGCCUCCUGGUAUGAUCAGGGAAUCGUAGACACUUUGCUGCGUUACAAGCUGCUAUUUAUCGAGACCCAGGACAACGCCGAGACGAGUUACGCCCUUAUGAACUAUGUUAAGGCCUGCGAUUGUGGUCGUGGAGCAGUGCUGCUGGCUGUGGCGCGUGGCAAGGUCUCGGAGGGUGUGGAUUUCGACCAUCACUAUGGUCGCGCGGUGCUCAUGUUCGGUAUUCCCUACGUGUACACGCAGUCGCGGAUACUCAAGGCCCGGCUGGACUACCUCCGCGAUCAGUUUCAGAUACGUGAGAACGACUUCCUGACCUUCGACGCCAUGCGCCAUGCGGCCCAGUGUGUGGGUCGAGCGCUCCGCGGGAAGACGGACUACGGCAUCAUGAUCUUCGCGGACAAGCGCUUCUCGCGACACGACAAGCGAUCGCGUCUGCCCAAGUGGAUACAGGAGCACUUGGUGGACAGCUUCUGUAACCUAAGCACUGAGGAGGCCGUGCAGCUGGCUCGCCGCUGGCUAAGGCGAAUGGCGCAACCGUUCACCCGAGAGGAUCAGCUGGGCAUCUCGUUGCUGACUCUUGCCCAGCUGGAGAACAUGGAGCAGGAAAAGCUGGAGCGGCAGGCUCAGGGCAAACAGGGUGUUGGCGGUGAGGUACAGGAGCUGUGAGAUGUGGGAGGUGCUCAGCCAACCGGCUCUUUGUCCGUCUGCCUUCCGGGAACAACUCAAGUCGCUGUGCCGUCAGCUAAUGACAUCGAAUGCCAUUAAAAACGGAUCACAACGGCAAAUUGCGGGAAAAUUUAAAAGUACAAUUUUUUUGGCUGCCAUGCAAAUCGGACGUAAAUGUCCAAUUAAUGGCUAAUUAAUAUUAUUUAUAAUUUCGCAGGCAUGACUAACUGGCCGCUCAAGGCGGCGAAAGGGCGCAAGCGCAGCGCGAGAUUUGCUCUUUCAGCUGUAUUCGUAUCUAUACCUGUGAUUGCAUCCGUAUUAGUUGAGCUGUAAAUUAAAACAAAUAUGUCGUGAAGUGCAACUUGCUAGUGCAAUCACAAAUUAAGCUGUAAAUAAAAAGUUAAAUAAUAAAAAUAGUAUUAAA